CUCCGGCGUUCGAGUGAAACGGGAGGUCCAAUAACAGCGUGGGAGGCUUCGGAAUGCCACGUGGUUCUUAAGCUCCCUGUAGCGAUCCGGAUUACCCGGGGCGGUCCGGGAGGUUCGCGCGACAAAAGCUCCGCCCAGAUACCGGCGCGCGCCCUCUCCACGACCUCAACGACUCCUCUUCUGUGUCUAUUGCCUUGCGGCACCUAAGGUACAGUCCCGUCCAGUCCUCCCACCCGCAUCGUUCGCGGGGGAUCGCAACACGCGACCGACUACCCCGUAGGGAGAUCGGCGAAUCGCCCAACAAUACGGUUCACCAAGUUCCAGAUAACUCGUCGUCGAUUGUCAGGUCGUCGUUCACGUUUAUGAUGUAAAACCCAAAAAAAAAGAAAUCACGUUCCAGUAGUUUUCGUUGUUGAAAAACGUAGUACUCAAAAGUGCCCGUGUACCUAAUGAGCGCAGGUGAUCUAUAUGACCGAUAGCAAGGAUUUUCGGAUCUUCGACGUGCAACGUAUUCAUCAUUGCCUCGAGUGAUUGUCGCUCUUGGUGUUCAACUGCAAAGACGAUGACGUCGGCGAGAGCUGGUGUGCCGGUGAUACCAAUCGCAGAAUGAAAUCGUGCGGGUGAAUUAUUGUGUGUGAUAAAAGAGAAGGGGGAAAAAAAUAGCUAGUGGACAAAACCUGAGACGACGCAAGAGAGAUCGGAAGCAACGGUGCUCGAGACGAUCUCGUUCUCGGUACGUGCGGAUCAUCCGCACCGCGGUUCUACGCAAUAGUGAAUAAUUGUUUCAGUGGUGCAGCUGUUCCGAGGAAGAGAAGUAAAAACGAAAGAUCGUCAGAAAAAAAUGCAAUAUGCGGAUCGCGCGAUGAGGUGUUGAAGGGAUCGCUCUCAUCGAACAGAUCGACGAAUUAUAUUCGAACGCGUAAAGUUGAACCGCGGCGCGAUUUGUAUAAUCUUCCCAGUGGUCAGGAGAUUCGAACAGGGGAAGGGACAAGUAAAUUGACCGAAUUAAGGUCGAAGAAUGCUGCCGUAUCAGGUGGCGAUGGACUACGGGGGUUUCCAGAGGCAGAGCCCGGUCGGCGUUGGUGUUGGCGUAGGGAUCGGAGGACCGCAUCAAGGGGGCGCCGGGGCCCUCAACAUCAACCCCGCGUUCACGCACUCCUGGUUCGUACCGGCGGACCUCUGUGUCCCGUACAAACAGAGUCAGGGUCCUCUCCUCGAGCCAGGUAUACUCGAGCUCCGGAAAGAGAAGAGCAGAGAUGCUGCCCGGUCGAGACGAGGAAAGGAAAACUUCGAAUUUUACGAAUUGGCGAAAAUGCUUCCGUUGCCGGCAGCGAUUACCUCCCAGUUGGACAAGGCGUCCAUCAUAAGACUCACAAUAUCCUACCUCAAACUCCGGGAUUUCUCGGGGCACGGGGAUCCUCCAUGGAGUCGGGACGGACCUCCGCCAAACAAAUCCAUCAAAGGUGCAAAUCGUGUGAGGUCACCUGCAUCGCUCGCAAUGGAUAUGUUCGAGCAGCACCAGGGUACCCACAUCCUUCAGUCGCUGGACGGUUUCGCGAUGGCGGUCGCAGCUGAUGGAAGGUUUCUGUACAUCUCCGAGACGGUCUCCAUCUACCUCGGGCUUUCCCAGGUCGAGAUGACCGGCUCGAGUGUGUUCGACUACGUUCACCAGCAGGAUCACUCGGAGGUAGCCGAACAACUCGGUCUCGGGCUAACUUCGUCGAGUUCGUCGGGACCCCAUUCCUCCAGCUCGGGUCUCGCCUCGCCGAGCAGUGCGGCCUCCGAAGAACACGGAUCGACCUCGACGGCGAACCCGGACGUGUCUUCGGUGAUGUCGUUGACGGCGAGCGGUCUCUACAAAGGCUACGACCGAGCGUUUUGCGUGAGGAUGAAAUCCACGCUGACGAAACGGGGAUGUCAUUUCAAAUCGUCUGGGUACCGGGUGGUGUUGCUACUGUGCAGGCUGAGGCCCCAGUACACGUUCAGCCAUGCGAGGAAGUCGGCACCGCCUCUGAUGGGGAUGGUAGGUCUCGCGAUCGCCCUUCCCCCCCCUAGUGUCCACGAGAUUCGACUUGAGACUGAUAUGUUCGUCACUCGCAUCAACUUUGACUUCCGGAUAGCCCAUUGCGAGCCAAAGGUAUCCGAGCUGCUGGACUACUCCGCGGACGAGUUGACGGGGAAAAAUCUGUACGCUCUUUGCCACGGGGAGGACGCUAAUCGACUUCGAAAGUCACACGUCGAUCUGAUCAACAAAGGGCAGGUCCUCACCCACUAUUAUCGGUUGAUGAAUAAGAGCGGGGGUUACACGUGGCUGCAGACAUGUGCGACGGUCGUUUGUAACUCGAAAAACGCCGAGGAACAGAACAUCAUCUGCGUCAACUACGUGAUCAGCGGUCGGGAGUAUGAAAAUCUUAUAAUGGACUGCUGCCAACUAGAAGAUGGCGUCGGGGGCGUUAAGAGGGAAGAUGCCGCCGGAAAUGACCCCGAAAAUGGAUCACCCGAUGCCGACAGAGGAGAAGGCCGAAGCAGCGGUGGUCCGACAAAUCAGCAACCGGAACACCCGCAUCGCUCGCCACCGGAAGAUGGCGAAGACGCACCUGGUUCCGAAGGCGAACCUCGAGGUGGAAGGCAGCACGAUCACGCGGCCCAACUUCAACAGGAGCCCCAAGCAGUGGUGGGUAACGUGAACGCACCGGCGGUAAAACUGCGCGGUCACAAGCGGAAAAUCGUCCCGGAAGAGGAGAGUAGCUCGGGUGAGGAAGAGGACGACGACGACGUUACCCCGAAAACAACGACCCUGGGCAGAAGUCACGUUCUCAGUCCCGCGUCUUCGAAUCAUUCGGUUCCAGCGACGGAUCAUUCGCUUCGUCCGGCGAGUCCGAAGACCCGACGAUCGGAGGGUGCCGGCGACGUGACCGAAAGCGCCGGGGCAUCCGUCAAAGACCUGGAACAAGCAAUGUCGAAACAUUUACCGGGUGCAUCGCUCGGGAAACCAGAUUCACCGGCGCUUCAUCAGCCGACGGAUUUCAGCACGGACGCUUUGCUGAAACAGCAACAACAGCGAAGCACGAUUCAGUGGAUCGGUGCUCACCAUCACCUGAGUCAUUUGAACCCCCAGCAAUCCGCGACGGCGCCUCUUCCGGCCUCGGCACUUCUCAGACAGCUUUACGCGAACAGGGAAAGUGUGAUACGCGCCAACGUUCACGGGAUCACGUCGACCGGUACCCGGGCACCUUCGGCAGGUGGUGGCUACUACGCCGGUGAGAAUCCCCAAAACGGACCUCUCCCGACUCCCCCGGGAUCCGAAGGUUCCUCGACGUACGGUGAACACCAAUUCGUUCUGUCCGCCCACAACCAGAAAGCUCCGUCGGCGACCAGUGGUGCCGACGCUUUCACGAGUCUCGUCUCCUCGUAUUCCGCUGCCGGUGGAUACGCGGUCGAUUAUCACUCCGCGAUGACACCUCCGUCGUCCGUAUCUCCUCGCGACAAACACCCCCAGCAACAACAACAGCAACAACUCCACGCCGCAAGUGUUGUGGGAAGCUACGAAACUUCCGUUUACAGUGAUCCCGUUUUACGUCAUCAGUACGAACCCGCUCAACCACUGCCGUUGAAACCGCAAGUUUAUUCCGCGGCUGUUCACCCCAGCGCGUUGGAUGCGGCUGCGGCAGCUUACGCAUCCGCGAGUCUCGAACAACCCCAGUUUUAUCAUCAUCCCGCUGCUGGUGCCGGCUUCCAUUUAUAUCAUCCCUCCAACAAGGCGACGUCAAAUAGUUGGUACAGCUCGGCCUCUUAGUAGCGGUGCUCGGACGUGUACUUAAAUUUUUAGAAAAGACGAUACUAGAAACGAACCCAAAGGCCCUACGUGCAUAUCAUAUCUCCCUCCCCAUAUAUAACCCAGACUUGAAACGACGUAUUACUGCAUCAGAUGCGGUGCAGUUGGAUCGUUGAAAUAUUACGUGAUUAACAGGGAACGAGAGCUAAAUUUAACCUUAUAUAUUAUAUCACAAAGCGAGAAAGAUAUCGAUGUCGAAGAUUUUUAUUCGUUUUUUGUUGAUUUUUGUUUUUUUUUUUUUUUUUUUAUUCUCAUAACUAUAGAACCGAGGGUCACUUGGCGCGAAUGACUACAAUACCUUGCGUUCAAGUCUCUUCAAAAGAGGCGCUCACACGAUAUUCUCUCGUCGAAGAAAUGUAUGAUUUAUUAAAAAUAUUUUCUUCCCUUCCCUCUCCUCUUCCUCCCCUUCCCCACACGUUUUCACCCCCUCGUCAGUGCUGGACAAGAUAUUCGUGCUGGUGCUAUUUAAUAAUUUUUGAAAUGUAAUUUUCAUUAGGUGUGAGUGAUGCGGGCGCGACUCGCUUGAUGUAAAAAAAAUAUUAAUGAUAAUAAUAAGAAUAAUAAUGAUAAUGAUAAUGAUAAUAAUAAUCGAACGCGCUCUAACCACCCCUUUAGAUAUUUAUUUAAUUGUUAGUACUAUUUAUGUUAUUGGAUACGGAUCCAAAUUUGUUUUAUUCUUUUGUUAGGCAGCUUUGAGGGUUAUUAAGAAUGAGGAAAAAAAAGGAAAAAAUAUUAUUGAUAUAAUAACGUGGAACCAAAAUACCUAAUUCUUGUUUUAUCAUUUAUACAUAUAAUGUUAUGUACAUAUUUGUGUAGGCAUAUAAUUACACGUAUAUGCAUAUAGUAUGUAAUACAUAUUGUAGUGUAUUAGAGUGGCAAGAUUUUUCAGACUUUUGUUUUCGUGCCGAUGAAAAAAUGUUAAUUCAAUGCAUUCAAAGAGUCCUCUUCAAGUAUUAACUUUCGAUUUUUUAAAUUUCAGAAAUUCUCGAAUAACAUUAAACUGACAGAUUUUCGUUAGAGCUUCGAAAAAAUAAGUCGAAAAAAUAUCGCCACCCUAAUGUACGUACAUAUGUAACAUAUAUGAUAUACACAUAUGCAUAUACGAUGAUAACGCAUUGAACCGAUCGACGUUAUUAUAAAAUGAAAAAGCAGAGAAAAAAGAGAAACAUGAUAGGAAAUGCUGAACUACAAAUUAUGUGAGUAUGUAAAUCGUUCUACUUCUACGCUAGAGGCUUGUACAAAAUACGUGGUAGCAGUAGAUCUUAGUUUAUAAUUAUAAUUAUCGUACGUACAAGAAAAAAUAAAAAUAAAUACAAAUACGUUAAGGACGAAAUUCUGCAUCCAGGACUUUGGAAUUCUGCGGGUUCCCGGGUUCCCAAGUAAUCGAUCCCUCUAUCACGCUCUUGAUCUAACCAUUCGUAUCGGCGAACCUUGUUUCAAAUUUUCAAUAAUUAUUCGCCACUUUUAUGAUCUUCGUCUUCGUCGAUCGCCACGGAGUAUAUCCACCGUUAUGUAUGUUAUAUGUGUGUAUAACGACGUCUUAAUUAAUCGAGUACUUAACUGGGCGGUGGGGAUUGUUUUACCUGGCGAUAAUUUCGUCCUCCUUUCCUGUAAAUAAAUACUACCUAAUAAAAAAACAAGAAAAAAAAAGAAGAAAAUAUUAUUUCAAGGCGUCACAAGUAUCAUCUACUCCCGCGCUUUUAUCCAUCGUCAGCUCUUACGUAUAGAUAUACAGAAUUAAGAAGAAGAUGAAGAAGAAAAAGCCAAAAACAAAGAAAAACAUAAAAGAUUAGCUAAUGACAAGAGAAAUGAAACUUAUUAAUCACAGCCUUGCGACUUUACUAAUUGCUGUUCAGUCAAAGACUAGAUUUAACAUAAGCUAAGCUCGGUGCAAUAAUUCCGAAGUGAAUGUAAUAUAAAGAUGCGUUAAAAUUCACGUCUCUCAUGUAUUGUUAUAGCAGCACAGGAUAUGUAAACUUCUGGUGCUCGUAUACGAGAUCUCGGUAAAACUACCCUUAAAUGUGGAUUGGGAAAUUCUGAUCUGAACCUUUUAUUAUAAUAUGCCCACUAUGUCCAGUGCGUUGUCCAACAUGCUUGCGGGAAAGCGGACACGCAAAAAUCCAGAGCCAGCUGCAUAAAUAUUGUAAGUAAACACUCGUCACUGCGCUAUUCAUAUUAUAAUAAUAUAUGAAUUGAAUAGUAUACAGAUAAUGUUCGCUGUAAUUCGUUGCAGCGGAAUGCGACUGCAUUGUGAUGCGAUGAGAUAUUAUUAUAUACAUAAAUUAUAGUAUGAUAAUAUCGUAUGCGCCAAUCCGAACAUUAUAAAUAUUUCCUGGCUUAAUGCGCCCUAUUUCGUUAUAAUAUAUAGGAACACUUAUAUUAAUUAUUAUGGUUUUUAUUCAUCAUCAAGUUGUACAAACUCAGUUCAUAUUAUAGAUAAAUCAUAUGACUAGGUGUGUAUACAUAUUUAUGGGUAUCGCCUGCGAUUCAAAUAAUCAUUAAUUCACGUAGUUAUAUAUUAAAGUACUUCUCUGUAGAGUUGAUUUAGGUCUCAUUAAAAUAAAAUUUGAAAAAUUUACUUUA